AUGGUUGAGAAGUAUGAGUCCAUGCCCCAAAUCAUGCAGAUAUCUCAGCGUCUCACAGAUCUCCACUUUGGUGAUAAACUGACACUAAACUGCACAGCUCAAGGAGAGCCUACUCCUAGGAUCAUGUGGAGGCUGCCCUCUAAAGCUUUGGUGGACCACUGGCACAGAAUGGGAAGCCGAAUCCACGUCCUUGAAAAUGGCACACUAAUAAUUAACUCUGUGAGUGAUAAAGAUGCCGGAGAAUAUCUCUGUGUGGCACGGAACAUAAUUGGCGAUGACCUUCAGCUUUUAACGGUCAGGGUUUCAAUGAAGCCAGCCAAGAUAGAAAGAAAGCUUCAUGACAAAAAGCAGGUGACUUUUGGGAAGGACCUUAAGGUGGACUGCAAAGCCUCUGGAGCACCAAAGCCGGAGAUUUCCUGGGGUCUCCCUGAUGGGACAGUGGUCAACAAUGUUUAUCAGUCUGACGGCAGAGGUGCAGUAGGUAGAGGAGGACGAAUGCGGCGUUAUACGCUCUUUGACAACGGAACCCUUUACCUUAAUCAGGUUAGCAUGUCCGAGGAAGGAGACUAUACCUGUUAUGCUGAGAACCAAGUGGGGAAAGAUGAAAUGCAUGUUCAUAUCACUGUGGUGACAUCAGCUCCACACAUACAUGCACCAACGUUGGCCAGGGCUAGAGUGAAGGUCAGAGGGAACGUUCGUUUGGACUGUCAUGCAGUUGGAGAACCAAAGCCCAAGAUCCUUUGGAUGCUGCCCUCCAAAGAUGUAAUAGCUGCCUCCAAUGACCGUUACUUAGUCCAUGUCAAUGGCUCUCUUGAUAUUAGAGAAGUGAAAUUUGGAGAUGUAGGGGACUACAUCUGCAUGGCUCGCAACCCUGCAGAUGGAAACCCCAGGCCCACAAUUUCAUGGACUAUUCCUGGCGGGCACACAAUGGCUCGCCCUCAGGUCUUAGGUCGCUAUCACCUUCUGGAGAAUGGUACAUUAACCAUUCAUGACACAACAGCACAUGACAAAGGAAGCUACAUGUGCAGAGCCAGGAAUGAUGCAGGAGAAGCUGUGCUCACGGUGCCGGUGGUCAUUAUUGCAUACCCCCCACGCAUCACCGCAGGACCUCCAGCCUCAGUACGAGCUAUCAGAGGUGCGCCGCUGCAGCUCCCCUGUGUGGCUGUUGGGAUUCCGAAAGCAGAAAUCACAUGGGAGCUGCCUGAUCAUACUCUGCUGUCAACAGCAGAGCAGGGCCAGCACAUAGGGAAAGUGAGCCCUGAGAGUAAACCACAGCUGGACAGUUCAUAUAGGAAGUUCCAAUCAUGGACAGAAACUCAACUUUCCCUGUCUCUCCUGGUAACAUCAGCCAGAUGA